UUGAAACAAUUACCGAAUACAUGGCAAGAGAGAGAGAGAGAGAGAGAGAGAGAGAGAAUGAAAAGCAGCAGCGAGAAACAAAUAUUGCGGAAAAUCGCAAAAAUUCAACGCAAAUGGAAAUUCUUUAAGUGUUUUGACAACAUACAGCGUAUAUAUUGUUGGAUUUGUACACGGUUUGGACGGCGCAUGUACUUGAAACCCCACACAUGAACGCACAUACACACAUACACACGCGAACAUUUGCACACACAGCAGCGAAUCCGAAUUAAGUUUUUCCCCUGGUGUCUUUCAUUUUUAAUUUCUUCGCCUGAGUACACUAAGCUUUUUUCCAUACAGUUUUUUUUCAACUUCGAUGCUGCACAAUCAGUAGAGUCGGGAAUGUUCGAUGUGUUGUACGUAUUAAAAAUUUCAUCAGCCAAUUUCCAAUAGUUUAUUGUCGAGCCAAUUUCGUUUACUUACAAUUUAUUUGAUGACGACAAAGAUAACCAAAUCGUGAGAAAAAAAAACCGAGUGGAUUUGAGCAAAGCAUUUUCAAACUAAAACAAAAGUAAGCAUAGCAAAAUGCAAUUGCUGCAUCUAUUUUUUUCUUUCGAGCCAUUUGGCAGGAUAGCAUUUUUGGAGAGUGAGGCUACGAGCAUUUUCUUAGCAUUUCGGUAUUGUUAAUAAACCAAUCCAUAUAAAGGUGAUUCGAAGGAGUUUCAAAGGGAUUUUCUCAAUCGCAAAAUGUGUCGAGUGAAGCAUCGACAAAUACCGUGUAUCCAUUUUCUUUUAAGUGAUUGCGUAGUUUCUCUUGCGGUGAUAUAAUGAACGAUUGAAAACAAACAAGGCGGCAGGGAAAAUGGCCAUUAAAAUGCGUGGUGAUUUGUGCGGAAGUUUUAGCUUAUAACUAUAGCCGUUCCAUGGAGCGAACGAAAAUUUAUGGUAUUAUGUGUUCAGUGUGUGUGUGUGUGUGUGUAUGUGUGUAUACCGCCUUCGUGAUUGAAAAGCUUAAUGCUACUGCUGCUGCUGCUGCUGCUAUGUUUUUGUUGUUGUUGUUGUUGUUUAUUUUGUCAAUAUAUUCGGCGAGACGCAAAAGCGAAAAAUUUCCUACAAAAAAGGUGUCCCACAGCACUGUGGACGCCAAAGACAAGUGUACGUAAUAGGAUUCGAUUUGCCAUUUUUGGUUUCGUCUUGAACAGCAAUAAUUAAUGACAAAAAUUAAAUUGUAGUUUGACUUCCUGCAGUAAAACUGUCCCAUCAUCAUCAUCAUCAUCAUCAACGUCGUGUACCGUAUGCAAAACUCCGCACAAAUUGCACACUUAUCGAACGACAAUGUCCAAAUGCCGUUAAACAAAAGGGCUUUUACCUGCUUUAAAUAAAAUUCGAUACGAAUCUAUGCAGAGUGAGUGAGUGAGUGUGGAGGGGGGGGGGGAGCAGAGAGAAAGGGAGAUGGUUUUGUUAUGUGUACAAAACACACAUUCAACAACAUUCAUAACAAAAUUAGAAUAUUUCUGCAGCGUAGGAACGAACAGAAAUUCCUUAGCCAAUGUCAGGGUAAUUUAACAUACAGUUCGUUAACUGGCAGCAGCAGCAGCAGCAGCAGUGACAGUAUUUAUCGAUGUUGUGCAUUUAUUUUAUAUGUAUAGUUCAUGCAUUAUACUAUUAAGUGUAUACAUCAAAAACUGACUCAAGCUUCGCACAGAGAGCGAUGGAAAAGUCUUUGGCUAGAACUAGAACCGAAUUGCGGUGCUAUUUUCUCAUCUGAAUAUUGGGGUUUGCCGCGCUGUAACUAUCUUUUGAAACACAAUUACGUGAUAAUGCAGCUUGUUGUACAACUGAAUGAGUGAACAAAACGAACGCUGUGCAAUAUACUAAUGAGAUUUAUUAGUUUUUACUUCACAUUGUGGGUUUAUUUUUAUUUUUCAAAUAUGUUUUUGUUGUGUAUCAUAUGGUUUUUAAGUAGCUUUUCAACAAACAAAAAACAAAUUACUGGCAUAUUGAAGAUUUUCUGCGUCGGUAUUUUUGGAAAUAAAAUUUUGACGGCAAACAUUGCGGCAGCAAAGUCCGUGUCAAACAUCCAGCAUGAAAAUCGCCGCGUCUUUUGUCCCCUAAGCAAAUUACUUGGCAUUUUUCGCAAUUUCGGAGGCAGAAUAUUGUAUUCGCAGCAGUUUAAUUAAAUGGAAAACAUAGGUUUAAGUUCAUCCGCUGUAUAAACAGGCUAAAUUCAAUUUUUUCAAGUCACUGUAACUGCAGAACGUUUAAUUUUGGUGUUUCCGACCAAAAUACUACAUUGACACUUCGUAUAUAAUACAGUCCAGUAACAAACAAACAAAAAACACAAAAUGUCAACCGUUGAUAAAGACGAAUUGGUUCAAAAGGCAAAACUUGCCGAACAGUCAGAACGAUAUGAUGACAUGGCGCAAGCAAUGAAAUCUGUUACAGAAACCGGCGUAGAAUUAUCAAAUGAAGAACGAAACCUUCUCUCAGUUGCUUACAAAAACGUCGUUGGAGCCCGCCGAUCAUCAUGGAGAGUGAUUUCGUCAAUCGAACAAAAGACCGAAGCCUCCGCCAGAAAGCAACAGCUCGCUCGAGAAUACAGAGAGCGCGUUGAAAAGGAACUUAGAGAAAUUUGUUAUGAAGUAUUGGGUCUUUUGGACAAAUAUUUGAUUCCAAAAGCUAGUAAUCCAGAAAGUAAGGUCUUCUACCUUAAAAUGAAAGGCGAUUACUACAGGUAUUUGGCUGAAGUUGCCACAGGAGAAACACGAAACACGGUUGUCGACGAUUCUCAAGCCGCAUACCAGGAUGCCUUUGAAAUUAGCAAAGGCAAAAUGCAGCCAACGCAUCCCAUUCGAUUGGGUCUUGCACUUAACUUUUCAGUCUUCUAUUAUGAGAUUUUGAACUCACCCGAUAAGGCCUGUCAAUUGGCAAAACAGGCUUUCGACGAUGCGAUAGCUGAAUUGGAUACGCUGAAUGAAGACUCAUACAAGGAUUCAACACUCAUCAUGCAAUUGUUAAGAGACAACUUAACACUUUGGACGUCAGACACACAAGGAGACGGCGAUGAGCCCCAAGAAGGCGGUGACAACUAACAAGAGCAACCAAACAAUAAUAAUUAAAUAAAAGGUUUAAAUAUCACAUAAUAAAAAGAAGAAGAAAAAAAAUGAAGAAGAAAGAUGAAUAAAAAAAUAAAAAAAAAUCAAAACGAUUUCGAUAACGUCUUAAAUCACAAACUAUUUGAAGAAAUGAAGAUUUAAAAAAAAAAAAAAAAAACAGAAACUGAAAAAUCCAAAAGUUUGAUGAAGCAACAACAGCAACAAACAAGAUAAAUACAAGAGAGCAGCAGUAAUUAAAAAAAAAAUCCAGCAAUUUUAUACAUGUAUUUUACAAUUUAAAGAAUAUUGAUCGCUUUGCAAAUUUGAAUCAAGCAGAAACUUUGUUCUACUAUACAAAUUGAUGAGACUUUUUUCAAGAAAUUUGGAAAGAAAUAACAUAACCAUUCUUUUUUGUUAAAAAAAAAUUAUACCAUUAUUUUGUUAAUGUACCUACAAUUUUUUUUCUUUUUUUUUAGUCAAUUUAAAUUUAUUUAACGGAACCGAAGCAAAUUGUUGUGUCGAAUGCAACAAUUACUUCGGUUUCAUUAUCGAAACAAAAAAAAACAAUUUUUAUUGUCGAUUUUUACAAUAAAAAAAAAAGAAGAACAGAACAAACCGAAAAAUUCACAAUAGUUUAUCGAAACCUUUGAGGUGUCUCAAGUUUUCCGCUGUUACUUUUUUUUUCUCUCUCAAUAAAGUGCAACUUUUGUUUCGAAUCGCAAAAUAAUAUAAUAUAUAUACAUGUAUUGAUCCAAUGCAUAUUGUAACGACAGUUGAGGGAUGUUAAUACGGUUGUGUGUUGGACAUCCGCUUCCCCCCCACCCAGAUCAAACAGAGGAAAGAAUUUUGAAAGAAAAAAAAAACACAAACACGCAGAGAAACGAAUGACACAAACAUACCGUGAACUUGUUCAAAGUAUUUGCAUAUUCCAUCCCAUGUUCGAUCGCCGGGAUCAAAAUUAGUCAAGGCAAAUGAAAAAAGUGAAGAUAAGAAAACACGAAGCAAAAUGAAAAUUGUUCAGGCCAAAUAUGUAUUUGAGUAAAAUCAAUUUAACAUCAUCUCCAACAAAAUAACAACCGUAAAUAUAUGCAUAUAUAUUGUAAAAUAAAAAAUCUUUGCGCCAUAUACCAACUUAAAAUUACUCUAAAAGUAAUAUUUAAAGAUUUAAAAAUGGAAUCAAAACAAAAUUAAAUAAAAAAAAAACAACAAAACGCCAAUAACAAUCUGAAGAAGAAGAAAAAACCAGCAAAUUCAUAUUCAAUCCUGGGAUUUUCCCACUUUCUCUCUCUCUGUCUCGUUUGGUUUGACUUUUUAUUUUAUUUCUGUUCUCUCUUUUUUGACUUUUUAUGGUUUUCGUUUCUGUUGUCCACACACAAUCUCUCUUCCGCUCACUGUCUCUGUGUUUCUUUUAUGAUCUAUUUAUCACCCUUCACCAAUGUCCCCAGGAGAAUCAGCACGAAAAUUUGGCAUCCAUAUGGUAUUUUCUGUGCUAUCAAUUAUUUUUCGUUUGUAUUUCAUUUCGAUUGUUUUCCUUUUCUUUCGUUCGUUGCUUUCAUUUUCACCGAUUUCUUUCCAUCACGAAUUCUGCGUUCGAGUCUAAUAGUAAAACAGUUCCAUUUCCAAAAUUUGAUCGUGAAUAAACGAGUAAAAUUAUGCGACUUUUUUUUCGUACAACAAAUGAGCUGAGCAUCGUAUUAUUCAGAUUGAUUUUUGGAAAUGCUUCAGCUGCAAAUGUGCUAUCGAUCAUUAUUUUUGUUUUGUUUUUGUUAUGUUUUUUUCACCACGUUUUAGUGUCGAAUUCUUUGGUUCGCAAAAUUUGAGUUUUAAAAUCUCAUCAAUUUCUAAAUAAAAAAAAACAAAAAUGCGAUAAAUAAAAUCGAAUCCAUUGCAUAGAGAUUACUAAGUAAAACUACAAAACGAAAAGUAAGAAGAAAAAAAUGUUUGCGAUUAAAAUCUAGAACAGACAUAGCAAAACAAAGAAGAUGUUGAGAAGAAAAAAACAACAACAACAACCACAGCAACAACACACGAUAAAGAACAACACAACCAAUUUCGAAGAAGGGUAAAUAUUUUAUGGAUACGUUCGAUCACGGAUCAUCAUAAAAUAUAUGAGCAGUUUUUUCACAUAAAUUAACAAAAAAAAAAAAAAAAACAAAUAAUUAAUUUAUAAGAUCAAAAAAAGAAGAAGAAGGAGUAGACGACUGCGACUUGAAUCGUUGUUUCCCAAUCUCGAAGUCGAACAAUUUUUAAAAUAUAUAUAUUAUGCAGUUGAUACCAUAGGCAAAAGACAGCAACUUUUUAGCGUAGAAGAGCAUUUACAUCAACAUCAAACUGAGCAGCAAACUGGCAAUUAAUAUAUAUUUUUUAAAAUUAAUUUUGAUGGAGGUGAUCAUCAAAUGAAUUUACGUUUGACCAAAUCGAUUUGCUUUUACACACACAUACAAACACAUUGUGGAUGAGAGAUAUGAGAAAAGUCGGCAAAAGAAAACAUAACCAAGAACAAAGAACAAACAAGCAACAAAAAAAAUGUGGAAAAAUUGUCAUGGAAAAACGAAAACAACAACAAAAUUGUAUGGGCAAUCUUGAAUUUAACAAAAAAAAGCAGAAUUAUUGCUUUACUUU